AUGAUGUUGUGUGCCUUCCUGUGUGCCACUUCCACCGCGGUACCGGUGGCACCGGACGCGACUGGACUUGGGGCGGCUCUUGCCAACAUUGCCAACAGUUUCGUGGUGGUUAGCGAGGAAAAGGAACAGGCAGUGAGUAGCCGUAUGGACACGGAAACAUCCACCGUACCACAUCUGGAAUCUGCCAAUGUCCUUCCUGCGCUCAUGCACAUUGCUCUCACCCCGGAAGAGCAUCACAUUAAGGCGGAAACGGAAGAGUUGGUCUAUACUAAUAAUACCGAUGCGCAGGGCGUGGUAAAGAUUACUAUCGUUGGAGAAAAUUCGUCCGAAGAAUUAACGACAGAUGUAACUGGUGCGGAAGAAUAUGAUGAUGAUGGUACUACUACAGAAGAAAACACCACAGAGACGGAAGAUGGCCUAACCACGGUUGUUCCCAGCACCCCCGGUUCACCCACGUUGCGAUCCACCACGCCAACUGCCAUUCUUACCGUGCUCGGAAAUGACCAAGUAGAUAAGGAAAAAGAGGAAGAAAUCAAGCAAAACAUUAAAGAGGUGGAAGCGAUGCCGGUGAUAUUAACUGUCGGCGUCUAA